AUGCCGUCCGCGACGCAGCCGUUCACCGUGGUCGUCAACCAUCCCGCACGCGCGGGCAUGUACAUGGUCGUCACGUCUGAACGCCCAUGCUCGCGAUGCACUCGGAAUCACACUCUGUGCUGCUACAGCCUGACGCCACUCGGUGAGCGCAUCUUCCGUGCAGGAUCGUGCUCGCACUGCCCGCGCGGGCGCAACAAGUGCAGCUACACCGGUGCGCUGUACCGUUUCGACGAGGAAAUGUCACGCGGAUACCUCAUCAACCCGGAGAGCGACGAGGAGGCCGAGCUCGAGGCCGAGAUGGCGAGUGACGGCGUGCUGAGUGAGAUGGGCCGCGCACCAAGGGCGACCGCGAGCGGCAGCGGCUCUGGCUCUGGAACUCGUGCCGGCGCCCAUGACGAGGGCGGUUCGGAGCCAGACCUGUUUGGCUCGGCUCACAGUGGCGAUGGCGACGCCAGUGGCAGUCUCACCUCCGACGACGUUGCCAGUGCCCUCGACGCACCAGAGUCCCCCGGCCCACGCCUUCACCACACCAAGCCAACAAUCACCACCACCACCACCACCAAAACCAGCAAGCCUCCGCUCGCACCACUCAUGGACACGGACCGUUCAGCGACCACCAGUCCCGACCUUCCUACGCCGCCCAUCUCACCCAUGGCCCCACCUGCAAAGCUGGCACCGGAGGCUGAGGAGCACAAGUCGCCAAGCAAGGGCAAGGGCGUUGCAAUCACCCAGCCAAAGGCCCACAACCAGACCAAGUCUCCCAGCGUCAAGUCUGCUUCACUUCCAAAGCGCAAGAGUGCAGUCCGUUUUGACGUUCCGUCCUCUCCGUCGUCGUCGUCGGCCACUCUGAACGGCGCUAAGACCGCCUCCAACAAUGGUGGUGUCGCCACCGAUUUGGCCCAGACCAACAGUGCCGUGGCGCCGGCGUCUGCACGCACCCCCGACACUAAUAACCCCAACCCCGAAUAUUCCACUCCCGCAGCUGCAAUCGAAGACACGCCCGAGCGCGUCUCGUCACUCGCACCGCCACCCCUCUCCGACUCAUCGGCCGAGGAAGAGGCCAAGCUGGGGCGCAUCAUGGCCAAGCUCUCCCACCUCGAGAUCCGCGUCGCCGACGUGGAGGGCCUGAACGGCGAACUGCAGCUCGAAAACGCCGUGCUCAAGAAGAAGAACAAGCACCUCAAGCACACGCUCGCGGUCGUUCGUGGUAGUAACCGCGUUACCUCCGAGGCCCUCACCAACGCCGUGGCGAUGAUUGGCCAGCUGGAGCGCGACCGCGUCAAGCUUGUGGACGACGCGGGAAGUGCGCCUGUCUAA